AUGAAUAUUGAUUUUUCAAGAAUUCUCAAUCUAGUAAAUGAAAUACCUAUUCACGUUUUUAAACAGUGCUGCUUAACCAAAUUACCAGAGCAACAGAUCGAUGAAAUCAAUAAAACCAUCCCCAUUCUGAAAUCGCAAUUAACUAUCUAUUCUAGUAUUUAGGAAAGCUUCCUCAACAUUACUGUACUGCUCAUACCCAAUUUACUUGUGAUUGCUGAUCAAUACCUGGUACUGUCAAAUUGCAAGAUUACAAAAUUGAAACAAUGUUACAAAUUUGAUGCUUACGGUAUAUAACUAUCAAGUUCAACAGGACAUCUCCUGAUGUUCUUCAACAACAAAUCGCAAUAUUUGGAAUGGAUGCCCAAAUUGAAAUGCUUUUGUAAGUUAUCCAAUUUCUCAAACAAGUUUAACCUCUUGGAACAGAUCAUCAAAGAUUAUUAUAUUAUCCAGCACAAAAAAACCAAAAAGUAUUACACAUCAUACGUUCACUCAAUACGGGCUACAUCACCAGUCGAUAUUUUGCAUAGCGAAAUUCAAGCAUUGAGGAGCAUCAAACAUCCGUCUCUCUUAGAUUUGAAAUGGGUAUACGACGACAAUCAUUACAUCUACUUGAUUUUCGAAUACUUCAGAUGCGAGAAACUCUUGGAUCUCCUCAAUUAAGGCUUGAUUUUGGAUCAAACACAAUUAGCAUCUAUCAUCUUGCAAUUGCUGUAAUCUCUCAAAUUCUUAAGAAAGAAUAACAUCUAUCACGGCAACAUCACUCCCAACAACAUCCUCAUCAACACUCAAUCUUCCUUUCUUCAACUCUUCCUGGUCAACAUGACAUUCAUCAGUCGUAUUGACUCUGAACCUCUGGAUCAAUAUCUAUCGAAUGUCCAUGAGAGUUACAUAGCCCCUGAGAUUUCAUAAGGGAUUGCCAAACCAUCGAUAGACAGCGAUUUGUACUAAAUAGGAAUUGUAUUGUAUUUUUUGACAUUUUUUGUUCAUCAAAAAAGGAAGGAUGAAAGAGUGGAUCGGAUUUAAAUGGAAUUAAUUGAUAAAGCAGAAGAACACCUAUCAUAACUUAAUAAGAAUACUUAAUGUAAUAACGUUUUAAUUAAAGAUAAGUAUCAAAUGGUGUAUUGUGCUUCUCAAUUGGACUUAUUGAGAAGACUACUCGAUAAAAAAGAGAAUAGAAUAAAAUUAGAAGAAGCAAUCAAACAUCAUUGGUUCAUUAAUAUCAAAUAGAAAUUAAAACCCAAAAUUGAAAGAAGGAAAUAACAUCUACCGUCACUAAAAACAAUCAUCGAAUUAUGCGAAUAGAAUGAAUAUUCUAAACACUUUGAAAAAUAACAGAAAAUAAUAGACGAGGAUUCUGUACUUGAAGAAAACAAUUUCAUCUAAGUGCUGAUGCAAUAAUUGGAGCAGAACUAACAAACCAAAAGGCCAUCAAAAGAGAAUCAUGAGAAAUUGAGAAUGUACGAGCAAUUCAAGACCCAAAUAGAAUGCGAAAAGACGGACCAAGAAAAAUAAUUUGUAUUCUCCAAAAGUAUGAUGUGA